GAAGAGUGUGGUGCGCUGUCGAAUUUGUUAGCCAGGCUGCCUAGGUGGCUUGUAAGCAAUACACAGAAGACAAUUCAGCCAUCUAUUCAUCAAAGGAUUGUCAAAUUGAACUAUGGUUUUUAAGAUCGAUCCAGGGCAAAUAUGCAAUGGAGGUCAAUAGUGGUUGCUCUCGUCGUGCUCAGACUCACUGUCAGUUGUCUGCUAUGGCUAGCGUUUGGACUGGGACCUAGCUGGGGGUUCAACUUCCCCCUUAAUUUCAAUUUCAAUUUGCACAAAAUAGAACUUUUUAAGCAAGAUGAUGGGGAAUCCGCAAAGGCCAAUUCCUGGUCACAACGAAUACACGGCCAUGGAGACGCACAAUGCAGGACCUCUUGUGCCAGUAAAGAGGACUCACCUAAGAAGUCUUACCUUAGCCUCUUUGAGGGGGACAGGGACGAGUAUGACAGGAGAUAUAGCUCCUUCCCGGACACACUCAAGAUAAAGAUGAAAGGCAUGGCCAAAGACAUGUUCUACUUUGGAUAUGACAACUACAUGAAAUAUGCCUUUCCUGAGGAUGAGCUGAAUCCCAUUGACUGUCAAGGGAGAGGGCCUGACGUUCUCAACCCGUCAAACAUCAACAUCAAUGAUGUUUUGGGAAAUUAUUCCCUGACACUCAUUGACACCCUUGACACUUUACUGGUCCUGGGGAAUGUGUCAGAGUUUCACAGAGCGGUGAAGUUGGUGAUAGACACAGUCUCUUUCGACAAGGACUCCACUGUGCAGGUGUUUGAGGCUAACAUCAGGAUCCUGGGUAGCUUGAUCUCUGCUCACAUCCUCCUGACUGACCCCAAGCAUCCCUUCGGCAACGUGGGCCUGGUGGACUAUGACAAUGAGCUACUGCACCUGGCCCACGACCUGGCAGUACGCCUGCUGCCAGCCUUCGAGAACACCAGCACAGGCAUUCCCUACCCCAGGGUGAACUUGAAGAGUGGUGUCCCUCCAGACAGCAUCAAUGAGACUUGCACAGCAGGGGCUGGCUCCCUGCUGGUGGAGUUUGGCAUUCUCAGCCGUCUGAUUGGAGACUCCACGUUCGAGUGGGUGGCCAGACGGGCUGUCCGAGCCUUGUGGAAACUGAGGAGCAAUGAGACCGGCUUGCUAGGGAACGUGGUGAACAUCCAAACGGGACAGUGGGUUAGCAAGCAGAGUGGCCUGGGAGCAGGGAUGGACUCGUUCUACGAGUACCUGCUCAAGUCGUACAUCCUGUUUGGAGAGAAAGAGGACUACCGGAUGUUCCAAGCUUCCUAUGAGAGCAUCCAGAACCACCUGAGAAGAGGGAGGGAGUCAUGUAACGAAGGAGAAGGGGACCCUCCACUCUACGUCAAUGUGAACAUGUUCAACGGCCAGAUCAUGAACACCUGGAUCGACUCCCUGCAGGCCUUCUUCCCCGGCCUCCUGGUGUUGAAUGGUGAUGUGGAGGAGGCCAUUUGCCUGCAUGCAUUCUACUACGCCAUAUGGAAGCGCUUCGGGGCCCUGCCGGAGAGGUACAACUGGCAGCUACAGGCACCUGACGUGCUCUUCUACCCCCUGAGGCCAGAACUGGUGGAGUCCACCUAUCUCCUGUACCAGGCAACCAAGAAUCCUUUCUAUUUGCACGUUGGAAUGGAUAUCCUAGAGAGCCUAGAAAAAAAUGCCAAAGUCAGGUGUGGGUAUGCCACUCUCCACCACGUGGUGGACAAGUCCAAAGAGGAUCGCAUGGAGAGCUUCUUCCUCAGCGAGACCUGCAAAUACCUUUACCUGCUGUUUGAUGAUGACAACCCCUUGCACAAAUCCGAGAACAAGUACAUCUUCACCACGGAGGGCCAUGUGGUGCCUAUCGACAAGCGUUUUCGGGAGAAGCAGUGGAACGACCUGUCCCCCUGUGAGAAGGUGGUAACAGAUCAGGAAACUUCCAACGGGCCUUUCUCUAACAAUAGCAACUGUGACCGGAUCCCUGAGGAGCGGAGGUAUUCUCUACCUCUGAAGAGUGUGUACAUGAGACAGAUCGAUCACAUGGUGGGACUGUUUUGAGCUCUUGGAGGAGAGGAGGACACUGGUGUGAACAGGUCCCCAGUCUGUAGACUCACUCAGGCACAGCUUGUUGUGUGAAGAGGACAGAGGGGAAUAGACCCUUAUCGUCUCACCUCACCCCCCACUCCGAACUCUUCUGCUGCUCAGGACCAAGGUGGACAAUACCAACUCUCUAGAACACCUUUGAUUUUUAUUUUUUUAUUUUGCGUUAUUGUUUUAUAAUAUGCAUCACUUAGUGUACAGAGGGAGACAUUUCUUUUUUAAAGGAGACUUUAAAAAAAAAAUGUUUUGAGUGUGACUCGUCGGGGUUGGUGCCAGUACGACUGGGAUUUUUUGCUUCAGGAAUAAAUGAACGAAGCAAUGAGGGAUUUAGUGUUUGGGUGUGGGUCUGUAGCUAGGUGUUCUGAACAUACAGCUGAUCUGUGAAAUAUUUUUGGGUUGGGGGAACAGUGCCAUCCAGAUACAGGUUUGUAGUUCAAGUGCAUUACUCAAAAAUAGAUCGCACUACACAGGGUGACUAGUGCCUCACUGCUUGGGAUUUCCAAAGGCCUCUUGGAAUGUCACAGUUCUUAUGUUUUCAGAGGCCUCCGCUUCGGAGUCAUCCAGCUUUUCUCUUUUAUUCAUUCAGUAAUAUUACGUUUGUGAGGUGAGUGUGUGAGAUAUGCAUCUCUGACUAUCAUGCGAUGGCCCUUGCAAUAGGCAGAUGUAUGCAUGUCAUUUUAUGUGCCAUGACAGUGAGAUAGAGAUACUACACAAUCACAUGGACAACAGUGCCUUGGGCUUUUUGGUUCAUUAUUAAUACAGACUUGACUUGAUGCCGUGAAAUAGGUUAUUCCAUUCUGAGACCGUUCUGUUUGUUGGAAGUCAUUCCUUUUUAGUACAAUAUUAAUGACACGGAUCACGGCACAUAGCCAGGUCAGUCUGUCAUACCUGUAUCGUUUGAACAAAGCCAUAAAGUGUGUCAUGUUUUUAAGGUUGCUGUGUAAGAGUGGCAUGUCUCCAUUGAACAAUAAUGAUACAUUUCUAUUCAUAGUAUUCCUAUUCAAGAAAGGGCUAUGUCAUGUCAGACACUCAUGCGGAUAUAUUUUCUGUUGAGUAUGCAGGUUGUACUGCUUUGUUCACAUUCCUGUUAGCUUAGCUCUAUAUCCAAAGUUUUAGUACGUAGUAAUACAGUAUGUGUAUGUGGAAGCAAAUGGUCCUUCCCAUCGAUAACCAUCCCUUAAUGCUGCUAGCAGAAUAUCUCAAGUACCUCUAUGUGGAGAGGAAACUCAGGGAUUGACAAAUGUCAUGUUUCUUUUCUGGGAGUGAACUCUUGGUGGUUUUUGUUAAAGAUGAUCUUCUUGACAUCUUGUUUUGCCUCCAUUGUCUUCGAACCUUCUCAGUUAUUUUGGUCUUUUGAUAAACUAAUCAGGACUUAACCAUUCUUCUCUUAGGCCGUCAUGAAUUUUAACUAACGAUUUUCUCCUCUACAAUACGAUUCAGACCAAGUUGUAAGACUGGUUUUCUCUUCAUGUCAGAAAUCUCUCUUAAAAAUAGUCUGAAAUAAAUGCAAAGUACAGAACA